AUGCAACAAGAUACUACCCAAGAAAAAAAAUUCUUAGCCCCUAUUGAAAAUACAGAAAAAAAUAAUAAAAUUAGUCAAUAUUGCUUUAUAGAUGAUAGUGGAAAAGAACAAGGUCCAUUUAAUUUGACGCAAAUAAUAGGAUGGAUUAAUCAAGGGUUUUUUGAUGGGAAAGGUGAUAUUUUAUUUAGAGAUAUAAUUAGCUCACCAGCAGACAGAAUUUCUCUUCAACAAAUGUUACCUAGAUUACUUUCUGAGGCUGAAUCAUAUGUUGAAAAGAAAGUAUCUGUCAAGAAAAGCUCUAAUUCUAAUAUAGUAAAAGAAAAAGUGGUUGAAGUUGAUGAGAUACUAGUAGCUGAUGGCAAGAUAAAUAUGUUAGAACAAGAAAGUGACCAACAUAGAGAUCUGUGGUUAAUUAUUAAACCAACACAGAAAGCUACAGAAAUACAUAGGCAGCUAGAAACAACUCGUAGUAAUCUAUCAGUUUUAAUAACAGGUUCAACAAAGAAUUUGAAUAUUGAUAUAGACACAUCCCAAUCAAAGGAAUACAAUGAUAAAGAAGUUCAGUUAAAAAAGUCUAGAUUAUGUCGGUUUGCAGAACAGUUUUAUGGAAAUGAGUUGUACGAUUCAAAUCACAAUAUUAUGGUACCUACAUUAAGAAUACCUAUUCACAGUAGUUUACUUUCAAUGUCAUCACCAAUACUAAAGGAGAGUAUGCGUUCAAUAUUUGAGGAGCAUUAUAAGCUUCGUGAAAAAGUGACUAGAUCAGACUCAACAGAAGAGGAAAAAGAGAAAAGCUUACAGAAUCCAACUAUAACUUUAGAAUCUGAUUGUCCUGCUGCAAUUCAGGCUGCAAUUCGCUACAUGUAUGGUUAUAAAACAGAAAUUUUAUCACUAAGUAGAUUAUUGCUAGUGUCAAUAUGGAAAGAAUCAAGAAGAUUUGAGUGGAAGAAUUUAGAAGAAGAGUUAUUAAUGCAUCUUUUUUCAAAUAAACUGGAUAUAUUAGAUCUGAUUGAAAUAGCUGCUGCUGCUGCUGCAUUGAGCAUACCAAAACUUGUAGAUGAGAUUGUUCCAAUAAUAGCGGAUUGUGCUAGCUAUGUAUUACAAGGUCCAUAUUUAGCUUUAAACAUUCAGGCUUAUAUACGUUUCAUUUCGGAUGAUAAUGUAAUGUUAGAUGAACUACAACUGUUUUGUGCAACACAACAGUAUGUUAGGCAAAGAGAGAUGAUGAGCAUAGGUAUGUGGUCUGAACAAGUUAAUAGAAAGGAAUCGUCAAGUGAGAUAGAUAUAUAUAAAGAUAUAAGGUUUGAUCAAAUGUCACCAGAAGAAUUGGAAAAGAUUCGAACUUCAGAACUAGAUAGUUUACUAUUAGAUGCAUGUCUGAAGAAGUUACUUAGUAAUGAAGGAAAAGGUAGGCUUAGACCUUGGCUCCCAAACAAUGAGUAUAGUGUUGGAUUUAGGAAUGGGCUAUAUCCUAUUAGCUUGACAAGAAGAAAAACAAGUGAAAUGGACGUAAAUGGAGUAUAUUUAGAAAGAUGGGCAUGGACAACAGGUGACCCAAGAUCAGUUAGCGAGAUGACUUUUGCUUUUCAGAUUAUGAAAACAAAGAGGGGGAGACUUAGAAUUGGAGUAUGCUGUACAGGACGUCCUGUAAUAACUGAAAUUCAAAGUAUCACAAUGUCAAAAGUAUUUUACUAUGAUUUCUACAUUCACAAAUUUGUAUCUGCAUUCCUUGGGAGUAGUAUUUAUCAGUGCACAUCUAGGAUUGUAUCAUCAAGUGAAAUUAAAAGAGGAAUUUUUUAUAUAAAUUAUUUUACAGAGCCUAAUAAAGAUAGAAAUAAUAGAAAUACUCAAGAUAGUAUAAAUAAUGGAGAUAUACUAAGAGGAGAUCUUGGUAAAGGUAGUAAAAAGGCUGAAAAUACUCGUGGAAGCAUAUUUGAAGAGAGUGUAGCUAAGGGCCAGAUGUAUCAUUUGGUAGUUUCCAUUGGAUAUUACACUGUUUUGCUUAGGAUUGAAAGUAUUGAUAGUGGUGAGUAUAUUGAGAAUUAUUUCAAUCACGGUUUUCUAGUCGAACAUAUGGAAGUUACAAAGAAACCCUAUAUCCAAACCAAAAUAUUUGUAGAAACGAUAGAUAUAGGUGACUCAUUUUCAAUUCCAUCUAAUUCAUCUAUUGUGAGGAGACUAUACCAGAUUUAG